ACAUUCCUCCAUCAUGUUGUCAUCGUUUCGUAAACGCAGAGUCCAGAAAAUGGACCCAAGUGGGGUCAAAGUGCUGGAAACAGCAGAGGACAUCCAGGAGAGGCGGCAGCAGGUCCUAGACCGAUACCACCGCUUCAAGGAACUCUCAACCCUUAGGCGUCAGAAGUUGGAAGAUUCCUAUCGAUUCCAGUUCUUUCAAAGAGAUGCUGAAGAGCUGGAGAAAUGGAUACAGGAAAAACUUCAGAUUGCAUCUGAUGAGAAUUAUAAAGACCCAACCAACUUGCAGGGAAAGCUUCAGAAGCAUCAAGCCUUUGAAGCUGAAGUGCAGGCCAAUUCAGGAGCCAUUGUUAAGCUGGAUGAAACUGGAAACCUGAUGAUCUCAGAAGGGCAUUUUGCAUCUGAAACCAUACGGACCCGUUUGAUGGAGCUGCACCGCCAGUGGGAAUUACUUCUGGAGAAGAUGCGAGAGAAAGGAAUCAAACUGCUGCAGGCCCAGAAGUUGGUGCAGUACUUACGGGAAUGUGAGGACGUGAUGGACUGGAUCAAUGACAAGGAAGCAAUUGUUACUUCUGAAGAGCUGGGCCAGGAUCUGGAGCAUGUAGAGGUUUUACAGAAGAAAUUUGAAGAGUUUCAAACAGAUAUGGCCGCUCAUGAAGAAAGAGUUAAUGAAGUGAACCAAUUUGCUGCCAAACUCAUACAGGAGCAGCACCCUGAGGAGGAACUGAUCAAGACUAAGCAGGAUGAAGUCAAUGCAGCCUGGCAGCGGCUGAAGGGCUUGGCUCUGCAGAGGCAGGGGAAGCUCUUUGGGGCAGCUGAAGUUCAGCGCUUUAACAGGGAUGUGGAUGAGACUAUCAGUUGGAUUAAGGAAAAGGAGCAGUUAAUGGCCUCUGAUGAUUUUGGCCGAGACCUGGCAAGUGUUCAGGCUCUGCUUCGGAAGCACGAGGGUCUAGAGAGAGAUCUUGCUGCUCUAGAAGACAAGGUCAAAGCCCUGUGUGCUGAGGCUGACCGCCUGCAACAGUCCCACCCUCUGAGUGCAACACAGAUUCAAGUGAAGCGAGAGGAGCUGAUUACAAACUGGGAGCAGAUCCGCACCUUGGCGGCAGAGAGACAUGCACGGCUCAAUGAUUCAUACAGGCUUCAACGCUUCCUUGCUGACUUCCGUGACCUCACCAGCUGGGUGACUGAGAUGAAAGCCCUCAUCAAUGCAGAUGAGCUUGCCAAUGAUGUGGCUGGGGCUGAAGCCCUGCUAGAUAGACACCAAGAGCACAAGGGUGAAAUUGAUGCUCAUGAAGACAGCUUCAAAUCUGCAGAUGAAUCUGGGCAGGCACUGCUUGCUGCUGGUCAUUACGCCUCAGAUGAAGUGAGGGAGAAGCUGACCGUCCUUUCCGAGGAGAGAGCAGCACUGCUGGAGCUGUGGGAGCUGCGCAGGCAGCAGUACGAGCAGUGCAUGGACCUGCAGCUCUUCUACCGGGACACUGAGCAGGUGGACAACUGGAUGAGCAAGCAGGAGGCGUUCCUGUUGAAUGAAGACUUGGGAGAUUCCUUGGAUAGUGUGGAAGCACUUCUUAAGAAGCAUGAAGACUUUGAGAAAUCCCUUAGUGCCCAGGAGGAAAAGAUUACAGCGUUAGAUGAAUUUGCAACUAAGCUAAUUCAGAACAACCACUAUGCAAUGGAAGAUGUGGCCACUCGCCGAGAUGCUCUGUUGAGCCGCCGCAAUGCCCUUCACGAGAGAGCCAUGCGUCGCCGGGCCCAGCUAGCCGAUUCUUUCCAUUUGCAGCAGUUUUUCCGUGAUUCUGAUGAGCUCAAGAGUUGGGUCAAUGAGAAGAUGAAAACUGCCACAGAUGAAGCUUAUAAAGAUCCAUCCAACCUACAAGGAAAAGUACAGAAGCAUCAGGCUUUUGAGGCUGAGCUCUCAGCAAACCAGAGCCGAAUUGAUGCCUUGGAGAAAGCUGGCCAAAAACUGAUUGAUGUCAACCACUAUGCCAAGGACGAAGUAGCAGCUCGUAUGAAUGAGGUGAUCAGUUUGUGGAAGAAACUGCUAGAGGCCACUGAACUGAAAGGAAUAAAGCUUCGUGAAGCCAACCAGCAACAGCAAUUUAAUCGCAAUGUUGAGGAUAUUGAAUUGUGGCUGUAUGAAGUAGAAGGUCACUUGGCUUCGGAUGAUUACGGCAAAGAUCUUACCAAUGUGCAGAACCUCCAGAAGAAACAUGCCCUACUAGAGGCAGAUGUGGCUGCUCACCAGGACCGAAUUGAUGGCAUCACCAUUCAGGCCCGCCAGUUCCAAGAUGCUGGCCAUUUUGAUGCAGAAAACAUCAAGAAGAAACAGGAAGCCCUCGUGGCUCGCUAUGAGGCACUCAAGGAGCCCAUGGUUGCCCGGAAGCAGAAGCUGGCUGAUUCUCUGCGGUUGCAGCAGCUCUUCCGGGAUGUUGAGGAUGAGGAGACAUGGAUUCGAGAGAAAGAGCCCAUUGCUGCAUCUACAAAUAGAGGUAAGGAUUUGAUUGGGGUCCAGAAUCUGCUAAAGAAACAUCAAGCCUUACAAGCAGAAAUUGCUGGACAUGAACCACGCAUCAAAGCAGUUACACAGAAGGGGAAUGCCAUGGUGGAGGAAGGCCAUUUUGCUGCAGAGGAUGUGAAGGCCAAGCUUCACGAGCUGAACCAAAAGUGGGAAGCGCUGAAAGCCAAAGCCUCCCAGCGUCGGCAGGACCUGGAGGACUCUCUGCAGGCCCAGCAGUACUUUGCUGAUGCUAAUGAGGCCGAAUCCUGGAUGCGGGAGAAAGAACCCAUUGUGGGAAGCACUGACUAUGGAAAGGACGAAGACUCUGCUGAGGAUUGGUGGAAAGUGGAAGUGAACGAUCGUCAGGGUUUUGUGCCAGCUGCUUACGUGAAGAAAUUGGACCCCGCCCAGUCAGCCUCCCGGGAGAAUCUCCUGGAGGAGCAAGGCAGCAUAGCGCUGCGGCAGGAGCAGAUUGACAAUCAGACACGCAUAACUAAGGAGGCCGGCAGUGUAUCUCUGCGUAUGAAGCAGGUGGAAGAACUAUAUCAUUCUCUUCUGGAACUGGGUGAGAAGCGUAAAGGCAUGUUGGAGAAGAGUUGCAAGAAGUUUAUGUUGUUCCGUGAAGCGAAUGAACUACAGCAAUGGAUCAAUGAGAAGGAAGCCGCUCUGACAAGUGAGGAGGUCGGCGCAGACUUGGAGCAGGUUGAGGUGCUCCAGAAGAAGUUUGAUGACUUCCAGAAGGACCUGAAGGCCAAUGAGUCACGGUUGAAGGACAUUAACAAGGUAGCUGAAGACCUGGAGUCUGAAGGUCUUAUGGCAGAGGAGGUGCAGGCUGUGCAACAACAGGAAGUGUAUGGCAUGAUGCCCAGGGAUGAAACUGAUCCCAAGACAGCCUCCCCGUGGAAGUCUGCUCGUCUGAUGGUUCACACCGUGGCCACCUUUAAUUCCAUCAAGGAGCUGAAUGAGCGCUGGCGGUCCCUACAGCAGCUAGCCGAGGAACGGAGCCAGCUCUUGGGCAGUGCCCAUGAAGUACAGAGGUUCCACAGAGAUGCUGAUGAAACCAAAGAAUGGAUUGAAGAGAAGAAUCAAGCUCUAAACACAGACAAUUAUGGACAUGAUCUCGCCAGUGUGCAGGCCCUGCAACGCAAGCAUGAGGGCUUUGAGAGGGACCUUGCAGCUCUCGGUGACAAGGUAAACUCCCUUGGUGAAACAGCAGAGCGCCUGAUCCAGUCCCAUCCCGAGUCAGCAGAGGACCUCCAGGAAAAGUGCACAGAGUUAAACCAGGCCUGGAGCAGCCUGGGGAAACGUGCAGAUCAGCGCAAGGCGAAGUUGGGCGACUCCCACGACCUGCAGCGCUUUCUUAGCGAUUUCCGGGACCUCAUGUCUUGGAUCAAUGGAAUACGGGGGUUGGUGUCCUCAGACGAGCUAGCCAAGGAUGUCACUGGAGCUGAGGCGUUGCUGGAGCGACACCAGGAACACCGGACAGAAAUCGAUGCCAGGGCUGGCACUUUCCAGGCAUUUGAGCAGUUUGGACAGCAGCUGUUGGCUCAUGGACACUAUGCCAGCCCUGAGAUCAAGCAGAAACUUGAUAUUCUUGACCAGGAGCGUGCAGACCUGGAGAAGGCCUGGGUUCAGCGCAGGAUGAUGCUGGAUCAGUGCCUUGAAUUGCAGCUGUUCCAUCGGGACUGCGAGCAAGCUGAGAACUGGAUGGCUGCCCGGGAGGCUUUCUUGAAUACCGAAGACAAAGGAGACUCACUGGACAGCGUAGAGGCUCUGAUCAAAAAACAUGAAGACUUUGACAAAGCAAUUAAUGUCCAGGAAGAGAAGAUUGCUGCUCUGCAGGCCUUUGCCGACCAGCUCAUCGCUGCCGGCCAUUAUGCCAAGGGAGACAUUUCUAGCCGGCGCAAUGAGGUCUUGGACAGGUGGCGACGUCUGAAAGCCCAGAUGAUUGAGAAAAGGUCAAAGCUAGGAGAAUCUCAAACCCUCCAACAGUUCAGCCGGGAUGUGGAUGAGAUUGAGGCUUGGAUCAGUGAAAAAUUGCAGACAGCGAGUGAUGAGUCAUACAAGGAUCCCACCAACAUCCAGCUUUCCAAGCUGCUGAGCAAGCACCAGAAGCACCAGGCUUUUGAAGCAGAGCUGCAUGCCAAUGCUGACCGGAUCCGUGGGGUUAUCGACAUGGGCAACUCCCUCAUUGAACGUGGAGCCUGCGCCGGCAGUGAGGAUGCUGUCAAGGCCCGCCUGGCUGCCUUAGCUGACCAGUGGCAGUUCUUGGUGCAGAAGUCAGCUGAAAAGAGCCAGAAACUGAAAGAAGCCAACAAGCAGCAGAACUUCAACACAGGGAUCAAGGACUUUGACUUCUGGCUGUCUGAGGUGGAGGCCCUGCUGGCAUCCGAAGAUUAUGGCAAAGACCUGGCUUCUGUGAAUAACCUGCUGAAAAAGCAUCAACUGCUGGAAGCAGAUAUAUCUGCCCAUGAGGAUCGCCUGAAGGACCUGAACAGCCAGGCAGACAGCCUGAUGACCAGCAGUGCCUUCGACACCUCCCAAGUAAAAGACAAGAGGGACACCAUCAACGGGCGCUUCCAGAAGAUCAAGAGCAUGGCGGCCUCCCGGCGAGCCAAGCUGAAUGAAUCCCAUCGCCUGCACCAGUUCUUCCGGGACAUGGAUGACGAGGAGUCCUGGAUCAAGGAGAAGAAGCUGCUGGUGGGCUCUGAGGACUACGGCCGGGACCUCACCGGCGUGCAGAACCUGAGGAAGAAGCACAAGCGGCUGGAGGCAGAACUGGCCGCGCAUGAGCCAGCUAUUCAGGGUGUCCUGGACACUGGCAAGAAGCUGUCCGAUGAUAACACCAUCGGGAAAGAGGAGAUCCAGCAGCGGCUGGCGCAGUUUGUGGAGCACUGGAAAGAGUUGAAGCAGCUGGCAUCUGCCCGGGGUCAGCGGCUUGAAGAGUCCUUGGAAUAUCAGCAGUUUGUAGCCAAUGUGGAAGAGGAGGAAGCCUGGAUCAAUGAGAAAAUGACCCUGGUGGCCAGUGAAGAUUAUGGAGACACUCUUGCCGCCAUCCAGGGCUUACUGAAGAAACAUGAAGCUUUUGAGACAGACUUCACCGUCCACAAAGAUCGCGUGAAUGACGUCUGCACCAAUGGACAAGACCUCAUUAAGAAGAACAAUCACCAUGAGGAGAACAUAUCUUCAAAGAUGAAGGGCCUGAAUGGGAAAGUGUCAGAUCUGGAGAAAGCUGCAGCCCAGAGGAAGGCGAAGCUGGAUGAGAACUCGGCCUUCCUUCAGUUCAACUGGAAGGCGGACGUGGUGGAGUCCUGGAUCGGUGAAAAGGAGAACAGCUUGAAGACAGAUGACUAUGGCCGAGACCUGUCUUCUGUGCAGACGCUCCUCACCAAACAGGAAACUUUUGAUGCUGGCCUCCAGGCCUUCCAGCAGGAAGGCAUUGCCAACAUCACUGCCCUCAAAGAUCAACUUCUUGCUGCCAAGCAUGUUCAGUCCAAGGCCAUCGAGGCCCGGCACGCCUCCCUCAUGAAAAGGUGGAGCCAGCUUCUGGCCAACUCAGCCACCCGCAAGAAGAAGCUUCUGGAGGCUCAGAGUCACUUCCGCAAGGUGGAGGACCUCUUCCUGACCUUUGCCAAAAAGGCUUCUGCCUUCAACAGCUGGUUUGAAAAUGCAGAGGAGGACUUAACAGACCCUGUGCGCUGCAACUCCUUGGAAGAAAUCAAAGCUUUGCGUGAGGCCCACGACGCCUUCCGCUCCUCCCUCAGCUCUGCCCAGGCCGACUUCAAUCAGCUGGCCGAGCUGGACCGCCAGAUCAAGAGCUUCCGUGUAGCCUCCAACCCCUACACCUGGUUCACCAUGGAGGCCCUGGAGGAGACCUGGAGGAACCUACAGAAGAUCAUCAAGGAGAGGGAGCUGGAGCUGCAAAAGGAACAGCGGCGGCAGGAGGAGAACGACAAGCUGCGCCAGGAGUUUGCCCAGCACGCCAAUGCCUUCCACCAGUGGAUCCAAGAGACCAGGACAUACCUCCUCGAUGGGUCCUGCAUGGUGGAGGAGUCGGGGACCCUCGAAUCCCAGCUUGAAGCUACCAAACGCAAACACCAGGAAAUCCGAGCCAUGAGAAGUCAGCUCAAAAAGAUUGAGGACCUGGGGGCCGCCAUGGAGGAGGCCCUCAUCCUGGACAACAAGUACACGGAGCACAGCACUGUGGGCCUGGCCCAGCAGUGGGACCAACUGGACCAGCUGGGCAUGCGCAUGCAGCACAACCUGGAGCAGCAGAUCCAGGCCAGGAACACGACAGGUGUCACUGAGGAGGCCCUCAAAGAAUUCAGCAUGAUGUUUAAACACUUUGACAAGGACAAGUCUGGCAGGCUGAACCAUCAGGAGUUCAAAUCUUGCCUGCGCUCGCUGGGCUAUGACCUGCCCAUGGUGGAGGAAGGGGAACCUGACCCUGAGUUCGAGGCAAUCCUGGACACAGUGGAUCCAAACAGAGAUGGCCACGUCUCCCUGCAAGAAUACAUGGCUUUCAUGAUCAGCCGUGAAACUGAGAACGUCAAGUCCAGCGAGGAGAUCGAGAGCGCCUUCCGGGCCCUCAGCUCAGAGGGAAAGCCUUACGUGACCAAGGAGGAACUCUACCAGAACCUGACCCGGGAACAAGCUGACUACUGCGUCUCCCACAUGAAGCCCUACGUGGAUGGCAAGGGCCGUGAGCUCCCCACUGCGUUCGACUACGUGGAGUUCACCCGCUCGCUCUUUGUGAACUGAGCCACUCCCUGGGUCACCCGCCCCUCGCUGCUUGCCCCGCGUCGCCUUGCUGCAUGUCCGCUCCUCUGUGUGCUCUCACUUUCCACUGUAACCUUAAGCCUGCUUAGCUUGGAAUAAGACUUAGUAGAAAAUGGUGCUUCACUAACCCGCUUCCGGUCCAGUCACAAUCACCAUGUCACUGUGGGGACCCAGAUCCACGUCUUGAAGCAGCUGCCCUCAUUCCGACUUCAGAAAAUCAAAGCAGCUGGCUCUUCCCCUUGUUCUCCCGCCCUCCCCCAAAUCUGUUUUCAUGUAAAAGACAAAUAAAUGAUGACUUCCCCCAAAA